AUGCACACCCGCGUGUUGGCUGUUUCUCCAGCCGCAAUCAAAUACCCCCCCCAUGAUCCUACCACACAAACUCCAAUAAUCGACCCCAACUCAGAUACCUAUGCAAACCUUCAAGAAGCUGUUGCUGUCAUCAAAUCUUCUUCUUCUUCUUCUUCUUCUAAUACUACAAAUACCCAACCCUUGGUCGCGUUCCCCACAGAAACUGUCUACGGACUCGGCGCAGAUGCACGAAACGACAAUGCAGUGCGAGCAAUCUAUGCUGCCAAAAAUAGACCCGCUGAUAACCCUCUCAUUGUUCAUGUCUCGAGUCUUGCUCAACUUGAACGCAUCUCCGGUGGCCCUCUCCCUGAAAUCUAUGUCCCCAUAGUAAAGGCCUUUUGGCCAGGCCCCCUUACAAUUGUUCUCCCAGUUCCAACAACUUCUCAAAAUUCAGUAUCGCCAUUGUGCACUCAUGGCCAAAAAACUUUUGCAGUUCGUAUGCCAAACCAUCCAGUAGCACGGGCCCUCAUUGCUCUAUCCGAUACCCCGUUGGCCGCUCCAUCGGCAAACCUUUCUACUAGACCCUCACCCACUUCUGCAAGCCAUGUUUAUGCAGACCUUCACGAUCGCAUUCCUCUCAUUCUUGAUGGAGGCCCCUGUGAUGUUGGUGUCGAAAGUACUGUUGUUGACGGUACUGUUUCUCCGCCAAAACUUCUUCGUCCUGGAGGCAUUUCCGUCGAACAAAUCCGUCAACAAGGUGGUCCUCUUUGGCAGUCCAUUGUUGUUGGAUCCCCAGAUACAAGCCCAGAACAAGUCCCACGCACUCCUGGAAUGAAGUACAAGCAUUAUUCUCCAUCGUGUCCCGUAUACCUUUUCAUUGACUGUCCUGAUGGUGCUCAAGCUGUCCGUGAAACUCUUCUUACUCAAAAUAAUCAAAAUCAAAAUCAAGAUCAAGAUCAAAAUAAAAAUCAAAAUCAAAUCAAACUCCCCCAGGGAAAAAUCGCAAUUCUCACAACAUACCACUUUGAUCCCAAAGCUAUUGAACAAACUUUGGCUCCCACAGAAACCGUAUCAAGAUCCUUAGGUGUUACCGGUGCUGAUAUUUCUCGUAACCUUUUUUCGGAACUUCGCCAUCUUGAAAAAACUUCAGGUGCUGCCGCAAUCAUUGUUGAAGGUGUUCCUCUCGCCAACGAGGGCCUGGCCAUUAUGAAUCGUUUAACAAAAGCUGCCUCCCACAUUUUUCGCAAAGUGGGAUCCCAAUAUAUUAUAGAAAAGUAG